GUGUGACUCCAUUAAAUGUGUGUGUGUGUGUGUGUGUGUGUGUAGAUUAAACAUGAACGGGCCAAAACGGACAUGGCAGCAGGUCAAAAUCAAAUACAAGAACAUUCUGCAGAAUGCAGUGAAAAAGAAUACCCACAGACAAGGCACGGGUGGUGGGUCACCAAAGGCUGACCUUACCCCAGCAGAGGACAUGGCCUUGGAGCUAAAUAAAGGCAGGCCCGUCUUAGAGGGGAUCCCUGGGGGGAAAGAGACGAGCAUAGGUUCCUCCCAAGAUGCCACCCGCUUCAUUCAAGUGCCUCGCAGCACUGUGUUCCUGUUAGAGCCACCAGCACAAGCACCAGACGAUGCUGAUCCAGGUGAAGGCCCCAGUGCAGCAGCAACAGCACAUGAUGGAGACGAUGAUGAGGAGGAGACCAUCUCUCUGGAUUCCAGAAGGCAUGAGGUAUCAUGUUAAGACUGUGAAAGUACUAUUUACUCUACAAUGGUGAGGAGUCCUCAUCAAAAUCAAAAAAUCUAAUUUAUUUUACAGAACCCAGAUGCUAUACAGUGGGAAAACCAGCCUGGCAACAUAGUGCGUAUUAAUAAAAGGACACCACAUCCUGCCAAAUUCCAGCUGCGCUAAUUGUAUUGUGUUCACAGAGCUCACAAGCUAUCAGAAAGUUGUAUGGCAACCACCUCCGGCGCCAAAUAGAACUGGCAGACAUAGACAUUCAGUACAAGAAGAAAAAGAUGGAAAAUCUUGCACUGGAGUCCGAAAUAAAAAAGAGGACAAUUAGGAAACUGGACCUUGAAAUAAAAAAACUUGAGAGGGAGCUCCAAGAAGAUGACACAGCUCAAAAUAAAAAUUAGGUAUAUUCUCGUAAAGUCAAGUGAGCCAUGACAUAUGAGCUCUUAUUGUGAGCACACAGGACGGUGGCAUCUUUCUAAGGUUUUUUUUUAUUUUCCCAGCAAUCAGUACAACCAAGUCAUCGUUAUAAGGCAUCGCCCUCUUUUGCCCACCCCCCCCAGCACCAGGUGUGGCCACUAGCCUAUAUGAAGGCCCAAAAUUGUGUCUUCCUUUCUGCUCUGACAAUGGCAUGCCCAUUCGUGCGAGAUGUGGUGGAUGAAGAAGCACUUGUGCUGAGGAGAGCCUUCAGGCGAGAAAGGGUCUUCAGGGACCGGUUGGACCCACUGGCCUUCCCUGAUGACCAUCUAUAUGAAAGAUACAGGUUUUCUGCAGAUGGCAUCAGGUAUCUAUGCAGACUACUGGGUCCCAGGAUUAAGCACCGCACUGCACGGAGCCAUGCACUGAGUGUGGAGCAAAUGGUUUGUGUGGCCUUGCGCUUUUUUGCUAGUGGAGCCUUCCUGUACUCAGUGGGGGAUGCAGAACAGCUGAACAAGGCCACAAUUUGCCGCACAAUAAGGAGUGUGUGUCUGGCUAUCAAAGCAUUAGCAGAUGUCUUCAUCUCCUUCCCUGGCCACAGAAGACUCUGUGACAUCAAAGAGGAGUUCUAUAGGAUUGCAGAUGGUCUGCAAUGCUGACUGUGUGAUCAGCAAUGUUGUGGCAAAAUGGCCUGGCUCAGUCCAUGACUCCAGAAUCUUUCGGGCCUCUGAAAUCUAUCAGUGCCUAUCACAAGGUGAAUUCUCUGGUGUGUUGCUGGGAGACAGGGGGUAUGGCUGCCAGCCUUUUCUCCUGACACCUUUCACAGACCCCCAGGAAGCACAGCAGGCCUACAACCAUGCCCAUGCCAGGACCAGGGCCAGAGUUGAAAUGACCUUUGGCCUCCUGAAGGCACGCUUUCACUGCCUUCACAAAUUAAGGGUCAGCCCUGUUAGGGCAUGUGAUAUUACUGUGGCUUGUGCUGUCCUCCACAAUGUGGCCUGCCUGAGGCUGGAGAGGGCCCCCAGAGUGCCACCAGCCAUGGACUGGGACAAUCCGGCAAUCUUCCCUGAUGACGACAGUGGUCGGCUGCUGAGGGACCAAUAUGUGUUGAAUUAUUUUAGCUAGUAUGUGUGCUUUCAAUUUUGGUUAAAUAUGUCCUGCGGUGGCAGAGGAAUUUGGUUUUUUUUGGGUUCGUUUUUUGACGAAUUUGGCCUCUUAUGAUGUUUGUGCGGUAUACUGUGUGUAAUACAAGGCUGCAGGGAGGCUACUGCAGCCAUUCAUUUGUCUGUUCAGUUGAUGUGUAUGGAUUUGUCCUGCAUUUAUUUUAGUGUGCAGACAUGCAGGGUGUGUUAUAUACAGACCUUUGAAUGUGUAUGUAUCAUUUUGUAUAAUAUGCUUGGAUUCUGUGCUUUCCAUCUUGUAGAGUCACUGUGACUUCAGUUUCGAAAGGAGCUGAUGGUUUACCUGCUUUGUUUUGUCCUUAUUCAAUAAAGGAACAUAAUGUUA